AUGGCUGAUCCGCCAACGCAGCGUGCAGAGGAGCUCGAAAUUCGCUUGUGGUGGCACCUGGUCAGCAGAGAUUGGAUGGCAAGCUUCCAUCGGCAAUCCUACUCGAUACACCCCCAGCACUUUAACGCGCGGCUUCCCGACGUCACUGAUACGCAGACCAACGAUCCGCUGGUCGGUUUCGUGCCUCUUUACAUUGGUCUUGCGAAACUUGCUCGGCAGUUCUUCGAUGCACGGCUCCACAGCGCGUCGGAUCGAGCAGCAAGCGCCGCAAGCGUGGCAGAGGUGUGCCGAUUCAUGGAUGCGCUCCCAUCUCAGUACAGCCUUGCUGCUGACGCAGCUCGACUGAGACUGGAAAUGGGCGACUUCGAAGCUGGCCGGCUUCAAGUACACCGAUGGAUGCUUCAUCAACAAGUAUUCCACUUGUGCCUCCGCACAUCCAAACUUCGAUUCGGCGAGAAAGUGCCUAGGCAUCUGCGGGUAUUUGGUUCGCACGUGCUUGAACUUCAAGAUGAAAUCAGAGGAAUCUGUCCAGUCAUCGACAAUCUGAGAAUGAACGUCACGAGCGUCGCGAGCGCUUGCACGGUGCUGAUGCUCGAUUUGAUAGCCUCUUCCACCGCUCAAGUCACUUCGAUGGAGCGUCAGCUGACUUUGAGCAAAGUUCGACUGGCCGUUCAGCAAUGUCAAAGUGCAGACGAGGGUGACGAGAAUGGUCCGAUGGGACCAAUCACGUGUCUGAUCAGGACAGAAGAGCUUCUAUGGAGCCACAAAAUUGCAAGCGAUUCAAUGUUGCCAGGAAUCGAGCUCGACGAGGAAUCCGCUGCUGUUCGAGAAGGCGGGGGACAAGUGAACAACGCGCACCGUACCCCUCCCGUCUCUCAGACGCAGGGCCUCGGUGCGCCAUGGGUGUCUUUCGAUGGCUGCUUACCUCGAGCAGUCUCGCCCAUGCAACGUGGGAUGAGCGUAGCGACGUCUCCUUCACCCAGCUUUCUCCCCUCCGACUUUGGUAUUAGUCCGCUCUUCUCUGCCGGACCGACAUGGGCGGAUCUGGAACCUUGGUUGGCGGAUGUGCUUCAGACCACUGAAACACAGGGGCUCGCUGCUGCCCUGUCCGUCUCUGCGCACAUGGCGCCUGAAACGUGA